UACGCCAACAACUUUGCUACUCUUACUGUGUUCCCGUUUGUGUUGGCCUACAGACCUAAUUUUUGCGUGUGUUGUGUGCUGUGCAUAGUUUUCCCGAAAAAAUCGGAAUAAACAAAUAGAAAGAAAGUAAAAGCAACUAUAUUCAAAUAGCGUGGCGUGUGUCGGCGGCAGGGAAAGUGAAGUUUAAAUCCCAAACGGUGUGAGUGUGAGCAUUACGAUUUCGAGAACAGCAAUAACAACAAAAGCCACUAAAAACUUAAAAGCAAAAUGAAAAUGUGUGUGUGUAUAUGCGUGAGCAGCAGCAGCAGAAGCAGUCGCAGCUAAAGCAUGUUCCAAUAACGGUAGUGCAAUUUUUGUAAAAUUAUCACAUACCUAAAUACAUACAUGCAUAUGUAUGCACACGUUAUGUAUGCACAUACAUACAUAUUUUGUUCUGUCAUAGAAUUGGAGCAGAGCAGCUAAAACAACAACAAAAUUAGUAGAGCGCCCCCUGCCAGCCAGCCACAGCAACAGCAACAACAAGUAAAUGGUCGUAAUUGUGUGUGUAUAAGUGUAUAUAUAUAUAUAUAUGUAUGUAUGUACAUAAGUGCGCGUUGUUCUCAUGUGUUCGUUCGUGUGUAAUAGGGAAUUGCAAUUUGUUGUUUUUGUAGGAAGAGCUUUUCGCUUGUUGCGCGUGCUCGUCUUUCUCGUCGUCUCGUUGUCGUUGUGCAAGAAGUUUUCGUCGUCUGGCUCGGCAUAAUUGCAAUAAAUUUGCUGUUUUUUGAUACAUAGAAGGAAGCAGCAAACGCCGACGCCGACGCCACCGUUGCCGCCAUGCAAAAACAAAUUCCAUGUGCGAAAGACAACACUAAAAGCGAAUAGCGAAUAGGCAAAGCGAAAACGAAAAAAAAAAGAAAGAAAGAAAUAGCAAGAGAAUUGGCGCAGCGCAAAUAAUAAGAACAUACACUAGCGACGGCAACAACAACAACAACAACAGCAACAGCAAUAAUAAUAAUAAGAGUGAGCGCGCAACUGUGUGCGUGAGUGCUGCGAAAAAAAAACACACACAAAAUAAAAUAAAAUAAAAAAAUAUGCUGAAAAAGCUUUCGACGACGACUUCGCAGCUGCUGCUGGCGCAGGCGGAAACUGCAUCAGUGCUGAUCGUAGCGGGAACAGGGCUGCAGGGGCAACAUGAAUCACGAUAGUUCUUCUUCUUUGUGCGAAUAACCGUGUGAAGUGUACAAACAAAUAGAGAAGGCAGGCGAAACGGGACAACAACAACAACAGCAAUAAUAGCACUUUUGCUUUCGGUCCCAACUGGUUUUAAGAACGACAAAAAGAAAAAGCACACCAAAUCGAGCGCCCCAAGAGCCGCCGGAGUCGCAGCGCGUCUUUGUUGUGAUCGCUGUCGGUGUAGCGGCGCAUGCGCUACAGCGUCGCUGUCGCUGUCGACGUCAGAGCAACAGCAGCAGCAGCAGCAGCAGCUGCUGUUGCUAUUUUAUUUAGCAUGAAAGCUGGAAGACAAUUUGUGAGUAAUUGCAACUACUAAAGCUACCUGCCAAACUGCAAACUGCAACAACAAUUUAAGCAUCACUGAUAACUGUAAACAAAGAAAACAACACAAGUCAACGUACAUCACAAUACUACGCAACGUAUUAACAUGGAUACCUUUAAUGUACCUUUGCUGGCCGAGAGCAGCAGCAGCAGCAGCAUUGCCAAUUAUGCGGCCAGCAACAACAACGAUAGCAACAAUCAUCAUCAUCAACAGCAUCAGCAUCAGAAUCAUCAUCAUCACCAGCACCUGCAACAGCAACAGCAACAACAACAACAACAACAACAACAGCAGCUGCAGCAGCAGCAGCAUCAGCAGCCAGUGUUGCCACAUCAUCAUAAGGAUCAGAUGCUCGCCGCGGGCAGCACACCAAUGUUGCCAUUCAUUAACUAUGCCCAGCUGCAAAAGGACGCGCUGCCCAAUUCCAAUUCCAAUCCGCCCAUUGAGAACUUUAGUUCCUUGCAGGCCAUCGACAACAGUCAAUUGGAUGGCGCCGUCUCCUUGAGCGGACUCUGUGAGCGCAUCUUUGCCAGUCCCAAUCCGCAUAGUAAUAGCAAUCACAACAACAACAACAACAACAAUGUGGAUGUUAAAGGGUCAGCGCCAUCUAGCGGCGGCAACGGGCCGCUUAUACUAGAAUCCGUCUCCAUGUCAUCAUUUGCCAAUAUUCUGUUCAACAACAAUCGCAGCAACAACAACAACAACAACAACAGCAGCCAGAACACGGGCAGCGUCGAGACCUUGAGCAGCAUCGAUCCGCUGUUGCUGCAGAAGACCAGCUCGGUGGAGUAUCAUCAGCUGAAGCCGUUGGAGAACGGAGCCGGCGCCGGAACAACGGCGGCCGUGGUGAGCACAUCCGGUUUUCUCGGCUCCACAACGGCCCAGCUGCUGGACUUCGAGGUGGUGCCCAGCAGCAGCGACAAGGAUGCGAUUGUGGCUGGCAACAAUGGGCUGGCUGAUACAACAACUGCAACUGCAACAGCAACAGCAACUGCAACAGCAACAGCAACAGCUGCAACAUCAACAAGCACUGCCAAUCGAAGAUCGCUGCACAGCAUCGAGGAGCUGGCGGCAAGUUCCUGUGCUGCCGCCAAAACCAACAACAAUACAACACAACAACAACAACAACAGCAGCAGCAACAGCAGCAACAACAGCAGCAGCAGCAGCAGCAGCAACAGCAACAUCUUCAACAGCAGACGGGCAAUCUGAGCGGCUCCAACAUAAGCUCCGAGGAUGAGUCCAUGUCGGAGGAUGAAUUUGGUCUAGAGAUUGACGAUCAAGGGGGGUAUCAGGAAACGAACUCAUCUCAUUCACAGCAAAGCGGCAAUGGAGCUGGCAACGCGGCGGCUGGCAACUCUGGCCAGCUGCUGAACGGCAGCAGCGGCGCUGCGGGCAACGGUUAUAUGCUGCUGCCGCCGGGCGCUGGCGGCGCCUCGGCUGCGCAUAUGUCCGGCAGCGUGGGCGGCAGCGGUGCGUCGGGCGGUGCGGGCGGCGCUGGUGGGGGUCAUCAUGGCGGCACGAGCGCCAGCUCUGGCGGCGGCGAGGCCAUCGACUUUAAGCAUCUGUUCGAAGAGCUGUGCCCCGUCUGCGGCGACAAGGUGAGCGGCUAUCAUUACGGCCUGCUCACCUGCGAGUCCUGCAAGGGCUUCUUCAAGCGCACCGUUCAAAACAAAAAGGUCUACACUUGCGUUGCGGAGCGCUCCUGCCACAUCGAUAAGACGCAGCGCAAACGUUGUCCCUAUUGUCGAUUCCAAAAGUGCCUGGAGGUGGGCAUGAAACUAGAAGCGGUUCGAGCGGAUCGCAUGCGCGGCGGUCGGAACAAAUUUGGACCCAUGUACAAGCGGGAUCGGGCGCGCAAGCUGCAGGUGAUGCGUCAGCGGCAACUGGCGCUGCAGGCGCUGCGCAGUUCGAUAGGCACGGACAUAAAGCCGACGCCGCUGUCGCCGGGCUAUCAGCAAGCAUAUCCAAAUAUGAAUAUUAAGCAAGAAAUUCAAAUACCUCAGGUAUCCUCACUCACGCAAUCGCCGGACUCGUCGCCCAGCCCCAUUGCGAUCGCCUUGGGCCAGGUGAAUGCAGGCGCGGGCGGUGUGAUAGCCACGCCCCUGAAUGCUGGCAAUUUGAGCGGCGGCAACGGCAACGGCGGCAGCUCUUCGCUGGGCAAUGGCAACAACAACACCAACAACAACAGCACAGGCAGCGGCAGCGGCAUCGGCGGCGGGGGCGGGGGCAGUGGAGGAGGCAACAACGCCGGCGGCGGCAGCGGCAGCGGCGGCGGCGGCGGCGGAGGUGGCAGCAACAAUCUCGCCGACGGCCUGCAACGCAACGGAAACAGUGGCAACAGCAACAGCAACAGCAGUUGCCACGAAACCGGACCUGGAUCUCUGCAGAACACAGCCGAAUCGAAAUUGUGCUUUGAUUCGGGCACACAUCCAUCGAGCACAGCCGAUGCGCUCAUCGAGCCACUGAGGGUCUCGCCGAUGAUACGUGAGUUUGUGCAAUCGAUCGACGAUCGGGAAUGGCAGACGCAGCUCUUUGCGCUGCUGCAGAAGCAGACGUACAACCAGGUGGAAGUGGAUCUCUUUGAGCUAAUGUGCAAAGUGCUGGAUCAGAAUCUGUUCUCGCAAGUGGACUGGGCACGAAACACUGUCUUCUUUAAGGACUUAAAGGUGGACGAUCAGAUGAAGCUGCUUCAGCACUCGUGGUCGGACAUGCUUGUGCUGGAUCAUCUGCAUCAUCGCAUACACAACGGCCUGCCGGACGAGACGCAGCUGAAUAACGGUCAGGUCUUCAACCUGAUGAGCCUCGGCCUGUUGGGUGUGCCACAGCUGGGCGACUACUUUAACGAGUUGCAAAAUAAGCUGCAGGACCUGAAGUUCGAUAUGGGCGACUAUGUGUGCAUGAAAUUCCUAAUACUUUUAAAUCCAGAUGUGCGUGGAAUCGUGAACAAAAAGACCGUCGUGGAGGGUCACGAGAAUGUGCAGGCUGCGCUGCUGGAUUAUACACUGACGUGUUAUCCCUCGGUUAAUGACAAAUUCAGGAGGCUGUUGAACAUACUACCGGAAAUUCACGCCAUGGCCGCGCGGGGCGAGGAGCACCUGUACUCAAAGCACUGUGCCGGCAGUGCGCCCACGCAGACGCUGCUAAUGGAGAUGCUGCAUGCCAAGCGGAAAGUGUAAGCGGAGCGCAUUUCCA